UUAAUCAGUACCCCAGAGAGUUUGAUGGUGCAGAAGGGGCUUCUACUGGACUAAAAGGUCACCAAUGAAGAUGCUGCAUGCAGCUGCAAUGAACCAUAUUUUUCUUGUCAUUAUACUUCCUAUACACAUGGGUCCUGUAAUAAGAAGUGCAUCUUUGAGCAGCUGUCCAAACUGCAUGAUGGGCCAAAAGGCCCCAUGGCAAAUCAACCAAGUUCCUGGAAAUGAGAUCUAUAUGGAUGAGUCUCUGAAAUCCAUUGAUGAUGAAUUUGCAGGCUGUAAGGAAGAAAUGUAUAAACUGGUUAAGUCUAAAUACCUGAAGCUUGAGCUGGACGACAAUGGAAAGUUCAGGAAAGCGUGGCAACAAACCAAAGCACACUUUGGUUUAAAUGGGGUCCCGGAGUUUAAACUGACAAAGGAUGACUUGAGAAAAAUAGCCCUUCACGUUUACACUAGAGACGAAGUCUACAGUCAGCUUAACAGUAAAAUGCGCAAUGGCAGAGACGACUACAAGACUCAGAAGUUCGGCCUGAUCUCUUUACACUUUCUCAUAACGGACGCCAUACAGGCGCUUAAUCCUCUGGGAAUGUGCCAAACCACUUACCGAUUCAGCAAAGAUAACUUUGCAAUACCAGGCAUGUUUGUGCGAUUUGGUGGUUUUGCUUCUUCUACUCGGAAAUCCACCCUGAGUACCUUUGGAAAAAAGACUUGUUUUAUCAUCUAUACAUGCUUCAGUGCACAUAUAUCCCAAGUAUCAGAGUAUGCAAAUGAGGAUGAAGUGCUAAUACCCCCUUACGAAAUGUUUAAAAAAAUUCUGCCUCCUGUGGGUAUUCCGAAGAGUCUUGCUGAUUGUGGACGUAUUCACACACUGAGAAGCGUAGGCAAGAAGAGCAACAUGAAAUGUGAAUUGUUAAAAUAGUAAAAGCCUGAGUUGCUUUAGUUGAUUAGCUAAUGUUUUAUAUCAUGAAGCAAUGCAGACCACCACACUAAAUGAACUGGAUAAUUCACGUUCUGACCCCUAUUUUGCGGUCAUGUGUACUUCCUUAAGAAAUGAAUAAAAAAAAAAUAUAGAAUCGAGACUGACACCAUAUCA